GCCGCAAAGACUCACUUUAAUCUACCGUCUUUCUCUUCUCAAAAAUUUCACCUUACCAAGCAAGAUAAGAAGAGAGGUUUUUUGUUACCCUCCUUUCCGGAUUUGCCUUUUCACAAAUGCCAUUCUAAUGUUCUACGAGCGACAAAACUGCAGAGCACUCGCGUGGCGGCGUGGGGCUUUGUUCAGUAGAGAUGAGUACCAGAACACUACUAUGGCCACCUCAUGUACGACCCAUCCCUCCAAUAGUCCUGAACUCACUCACCCAGAACUGUGUCGCUCACAUAAACCCACCAUUUCUUCCGAAGAGUCCCUCCAUGUUAGCCACCAAUCUUAUCAAGUCAUACUUUGAAAAAGGGUUGGGUAGGGCCGCACGCACACUGUUCGAUGAAAUGCCUGAAAGAGAUGUUGUUGCAUGGACAGCCAUGGUUGCUGGCUACACGUCUUGCAACCAGCACAGCCGUGCAUGGGCUGUGUUCUGUGAGAUGGCAGGCGUGGGGAUGAACCCAAAUGCUUAUACCAUAUCUAGUGUCCUCAAGGCCUGCAAGAGCAUGGGGUCUCUUUCGCAUGGAGCAUUAGUUCAUGGGUUGGCCAUUAAGUGUGGCCUGGAAGGCUGUAUUUACGUGGAUAAUGCGCUCAUGGAUAUGUAUGCUACUUGUUGUGUUACUAUGGAGGAUGCCUGCAUGGUUUUUCGGCAUAUCCAUGUGAAGAAUGCGGUAUCUUGGACCACACUGAUAACUAGGUACACUCAUAGAGGUGAUGCCUAUAGCGGGCUUCGAGUUUUUCGGCAAAUGCUAAGGGAGGAAGCAGAGGUGAGUCCAUUUAGCUUUUCAAUUGCAGUUAGAGCUUGUGGCUUGAUUGGCUCCCAUGCCUUGGGCAAACAAAUGUAUGCGGCGGUUACUAAACAAGGGUUUGAAUCUGAUCUUCCUGUUAUGAAUUCUAUACUAGAUAUGUAUUGCAAAUGCGGUUGUUUAUAUGAAGCAAAUAAAUACUUCCAUGAAAUGACUCAGAGAGAUUUGAUUACGUGGAACACCUUAAUCUCUGGUUAUGAAAGAUUGAACUCUUGUGAGUCCCUUUACAUAUUUUCGCUAAUGGAGUCCGAAGGCUUCACUCCAAAUUGCUUCACAUAUACCAGUGUCAUGGCUGCCUGUGCUAAUAUGGCAGUUUUGCAUUGUGGACAGCAAGUUCAUGGAGGGAUUGUUCGAAGAGGCUUUGAUGGUAACAUGGCAUUGUCUAACGCCCUUAUAGACAUGUAUGCCAAGUGUGGGAAAAUAGCUGAUUCAUGCAAAAUUUUUGGUGAGAUGGCUUGUAGAGAUUUGGUUUCUUGGACUUCUAUGAUGAUUGGAUAUGGGAUGCAUGGAUAUGGAAAAGAAGCUGUUGAAUUGUUUGAUGAGAUGAUCGGCUCUGGCACGAAACCUGAUCGGAUUGUGUUUAUGGCAGUAUUGAGUGCUUGUAGCCAUGCUGGACUAGUAGACGAAGGUUUGGGGUAUUUUAAAUCAAUGGUGGCUGAUUAUAAUGUUACCCCAAAUCAGGAGAUUUAUGGAUGUGUUGUGGAUUUGCUAGGACGUGCUGGGAGGGUUGAGGAGGCUUAUGAACUGAUAGAAAGCAUGCCAUUUAAGCCUGAUGAGUCUGUUUGGGGUGCAUUUCUUGGAGCUUGCAAAGCACAUAAGGUGCCAAAUUUGGGUAAACUGGCAGCUAAGAAUAUAUUGGAUUUGAGGCCAAACAUGUCAGGGACUUAUGUUCUCUUAUCAAAUAUCUAUGCUGCUGAUGGUAAGUGGACGGAAUUUGCAAAUAUGAGGAAGCAAUUGAGAGGAAUGGGGAGUAAGAAAGAAGUUGGAAGGAGUUGGGUUGAAGUAAAGAAUCAUGUUUGUAGUUUUGUUGUUGGAGAUAAGGUGGGUUCCCAUAUAGAAUGGGUCUAUGGAGUGCUAGAGAUUCUGGUUCAACAUAUGAAAGAGGCUGGGUAUUUUCCUGAUUUCGAUUCCUUGAUACACGACAUAUAGGACUGAGCUUGAACAGUAGAUGAAAUUGAUGGACAAAGACAACCUUGUUGACAAAACCGGAAGGGUUAAGAAGAUCAAUUUGAUUUAGUGGGGAAGCAAAGCUUGACAGAAGAGGAAGAAAAGGAAGCUGAAUUCAUUUUUGAAGGAAAUCGAUUGCAUUUUUAGAUUUAUCGUUGUUCCUAAAAAAAUAUUAUUUUUUUCAAAAGACAACACGAAAAAAUAGAAGAUUAUUUUUGUCAAAACAAACCACAGUAAAAAAACUGUGAACGCUGCAUGGGUGGGGCUCAAUAGAGAAGACAUCCAACAAGAUCAGCAAGGUCAUUGUUUAUAGAAUUCAAGUUAUUUGUUUUGUAAUUUUUAUGUUCUCAUUUGUAAUAUAACCAAAUUGUGAAUUGACGGCCGCUUUUUCUUGUGGUGUUUAGGGCAUAAAUCUUCUAUCAUCUGUAUUUCUCGAAGCUGAUAAUAUUGAAGAGGCGAAAGAAUUCAUUUAA